AAAAUUGUUAUCAAUGAAUUUCUGACGGAAAAUUUGCACAAAACUAUAUGCCAUAUGGCAACACUAGAUAGUAAAACACAAACUCCAUUGUCAUUUCCUUCUGAUUGAGUAAUUUGCAUUUAGAAAAUCGCAAUAAAAAGUAAAUUUACAAAAUAAUUUAUUUUGAGGAAUACAAAAGAAAGUCAGAAAAUGUCCAGCAAUUGUCUUCACGCGUCAAUUUCCCAUUCUACCCUGCGACAGUGGUCAGAAAGUGGAACAGAAAUCUCACCGGCAAAUCUCAUGUAUCCCGUGUUUGUGGUGGAGAGCGACAAUGCUGUCGAAGAGAUUCCUAGUAUGCCGGGUGUUAAGAGAUACGGAGGAACUGCCCUGAUUAACGAUUUGGUGCCUCUUGUGGCUAAAGGAUUGAAGACAGUGCUUCUAUUUGGAGUAGUUGAUAAACUGCCCAAGGAUCCUAAAGGAUCUUCAGCUGAUUCUUCUGAAAAUCCUGUAAUUCGAAUCUUGCCUAAGAUCCGUUCAACUUUCCCGGAUCUUGUGGUGGCUUGCGAUGUCUGUUUGUGCCCCUACACAGAUCACGGUCAUUGCGGGAUUUUACGAACAGACGGAGUUAUUGACAAUGAUGCGAGCAUCCAGCGAAUUGCUCAAAUUGCUCUGGCUUAUGCAAAAGCAGGAGCUCACAUUGUCGCCCCUUCUGACAUGAUGGACAAUAGAAUUGGGGCUAUAAAAGGGAUCUUAAGGCGUGAAGGAUAUCAAGAGACUGUAUCAGUUCUCUCCUACGCUGUGAAAUUUGCAUCAGGAUUUUAUGGACCCUUCCGUGAUGCUGCAAAAUCUGCACCUGCCUUUGGAGAUCGUAGUUGCUAUCAACUGCCUCCAGGGUCAAGGGGUUUGGCUACCCGUGCCGCAGCUCGAGAUGUCUCAGAGGGAGCAGAUAUGCUAAUGGUGAAGCCAGGACUUGCUUAUCUGGACAUUUUACGAGAUACAAAGAAUCAAUUCCCUAAUCAUCCUCUGUUCGUGUAUCAAGUCAGUGGAGAAUAUGCAAUGAUUCAUUGGGCGGCAGUAAAUGGGGCUUUGGAUUUGCGUAGGGCACUAUUUGAGAUUCUGAAAUCUUUCCGACGUGCUGGAGCAGAUGUGAUUAUCACAUAUUUCGUGCCUUACAUUCUUGAUGAACUCAACAAAAUCAAGCCCUAAAAGGGAGUUUUAAAUAAUUAAAAAAAAAAAUCCUACCUUCAUGUGGGGUAUUCCUCAAGUGCUUCCGGGUCAUGGCAUGUUUGGAGAGGUCAAUAAAUCUUGGACAGAGACGAAUAUUGCAAUAAAUACAGCGGGCUUCUCGUAUACCA